UUAUAAUCAGGUAAUUGCUCGUGUGCUCGCGCGACGGUGCAGCAGCGGGUUUCUGGCUGUAUUACAGAAGUAUAACGGCGCCCAAAACCAACCGGAGACAAAUAAUAACAGCUUAGUUCGGACAUCUGGUUUAUUACCCAUCAGUAGCGGUUACCUGCCGGAGUCUGCAGCCAUGAAUCCACCAGACGGCAGACACGAAACAAACCCUCCAGAGCACUACAUGCCCCAAUCUUCAUCAUCCUCAGUGGGAGGAGGAGGAGGUGGAGGAGGAGGUGCAGGGAGUGGCUUGUAUUUGGAUGCAUAUGAGGUCUCCUUUCCCCUGGAGGAGAGUAUAGAGCGCCCGCCAGUCUAUCACAUGCACCACGGCCAGCAGAUGAUGGAAGAGCAAGUGGUGCAGGAGCCUCCUCACUCGCAGUACAGCCCUUUCAUCCUGAUUUCCAACCUGCGGGCGCACCUGUACGUCUCUCUGGAGAAGAACGCCUGGCUGCAGAAGCGCAUCGAGGAGCUGGAGGAGGAGCGAAACUUCCUGCGCUGCCAGCUGGACCGCUUCAUCGUCAGCAUGAGGAGCCCAGACGGUGAGCAGCAGAGAGGGGCGGGCCGGGGCCGGCUGGAGUGGGACUCACUGAGCCGGCUACUGUUGUUGUGCUCAGUGAAUGAGUGGUGUGGAGACGCCCACCGCGGCGUGAAAGUCCAGCCCGCCAGCUCCCCACCUCCGCCCUCCCCCAUGACCACCAGGUCUGGGAUGACCCUGAAGCGCCUGCAGGGCUCGGGCCCUCGGACCCGCCGGAACAUUGCCAUCCCAGUCAAGCAGGAGUUUCAUCUUGAAGAAGACAAAUAUUACACCGAGGACGAGUACGUGGAGGAAGAAGAGGAGGACGAGGAGGAGGAAGACGAGGACUCGGCAGUGGAAAAGGGCUCCAAGAAGAAGGGCAGAGGGCGAUCCAGCGGGGAGCCCAGGAUGAAGAUGAGGAGAAUCUUCAGGAUCACACACGGGAGGGAGAGACAAAGAGUUAAGGACCCUGAUGGGGUUUUGAUCCGAUAUAAGAAGAUCCUGACCACAUACCAGCGGGUCAGGAGCAUGUCCCGGGCCUUCCAGAUCCACGGCGUGGACCGAAACACCAUGGCCUCCACCUCCCCCAUCGCAGAGCUGCUGCUGGUGGCCCCGGAGAAGGUGACCGAAGUCGGAGAGUUCGAGGCCUCGAAGGAGAAGCUUCUGGAUUACGCCCGGCGGUGUUACAAGACCAUGGACGAUGAGACGCACACCAAAGUCCAGAGCAUGAAGAAGACUCACAAGCUGCUGCCUAUCUCCUACAGGUUCAGGAACUGAAGGGGGGGUUAAAGGUCAGACAGGGGAGAGGUUUCCUCUACAUGUAUGCAGGUUUUUCUGCUACAUAUUUUCAUUUUUGCCUUUGAAAAAGAAGAGAAAUAGACUUUUUGUGUUUGUGGUUUGCACAGUCUGAAGCUGCUUCUUCUUUAGAAAGUAAAUGAGGUCCCACAUUGACAUAGUUCUGGGAUGUACAUUUUCAUUUUAAAGAGGCUUGAAUUUGAAGUUAUCCAAGUUUCAUUCCACACUGAAAAUGUGUUUGAAUGUAUAGUUUGUCAUUCAGAGCACCAGUUUAUUUUUUAAUAAGUCUGAUAUUUAAGUUAAAGUAAUCUAAUUAAUUGAAAUUGAAGUAUUACUGUUGAUAUGAUUGUGAAGGAUGGUGUACUGUGACCCUGAAUUACCUUAAAAGUGUUUAAAGUUCUUUGGUUGUGAGUGAGUUGUGAUGGAAAA